GCCAUAACAAACCCAGUGUUUGUGUUCCUGAUGCUCACACACAGCUCCUCCCUGCACACUCAUUCUGCAUCUGCUCCUGCUUUUUUUUCUCUUUUUGGCGUGUUGUCUAUGUUGUGACUGAACGCAACUAAUGGCACCAAUUAACCAAUCAGCACUUAAUUUGUGUUCAUUCACAGCCCCCUGCAGCUCUACGGGCUGCGUCCCAAACCAAACACUUCGCGUCCUAGACGGUAGUAUUUCCAACUAAUAUUCUUCUCGCCUAUACGCAGGUACUAAUGACGCUAUUUCUCCUUUGCAUUUAUUCCGUGGGACGUUUGUGGCCUUCGAAUACCGGAAGCGACACGACAAUUGGCUGGCUGUCAAUUCUGCCUAGUUACCCACCCCGGGCUAGACCACGCCCACAACCCCGCCCAUCUCAAUUGACAGUAAUAGGGAGCGUGUUGGAGGUGUGUGUUUGGAGCGUUUGCGAGGCAGAAUUGGGAGGCGUGAAACAGUGAGCACACACACGCAUACACACACGCGCGCGCAUUUUAUUAGUGGAGCGCGUGCCGCCUGGUUCUCCUCCUCUGGAGUAGCGCGUGAGACAGAAGGAGACAGAAGGAGACAGAGACCAAGACAGAGAUCCAGGCUCUUCUUCCUGGAGUCUUGUUAGACUUUAAUGCCAAUCGUUAUUUCCCGUCCCCGGUGUGACACCCGACGCGGUGGACAUUUAACCCAAAGACGGCUUCAGUUCUGGUUUUGGACGGGGUCUUCUCUUUUUCUUCUCUUUUUGGGACUGGGUCGCAUGAACCCGUGGCUGGAUAUGACGCAUCGGUGCCAGUGAAAAAGCGGGAGGACUGGGAGAAGGAAGAGGAAGAAUUGGACAAGAAGUAAAUCCGCACAGCAGAGACAGAACCUAAAGGUGGAACAUGAUGUCGGGCACAAUGAAGUUUAAAAAGGAGAAGGAAAUCCUUACAGAGUAUGAGAGUCAAGUGAAAGAGAUCCGCUCUCAGCUGUUGGAGCAGCAGAAAUGUCUGGAGCAGCAGACGGAGAUGAGAGUGCAGCUUCUCCAGGACCUGCAGGAUUUCUUUCGAAAGAAGUCGGAGAUUGAGAGCGAGUACUCGCGCAACCUGGAGAAGUUGGCCGAGCGCUUCAUGGCCAAAACACGCAGCACCAAGGACCACCAGCAGUACAAGAAGGACCAAAACCUGCUGUCACCUGUAAACUGCUGGUACCUGCUUCUAAACCAAGUGCGCAGAGAAAGCAAGGAUCACGCCACACUCAGCGACCUCUACCUCAACAACGUCAUUACGCGCCUCUCGCACGUCAGCGAGGACAACACGCGCCUGCUCAAGAAAAGUAAAGAGAUCACUUUCCAGUUGCAGGAGGACCUGAUGAAGAUUCUUAAUGAACUCUAUACGGUGAUGAAAACCUACCACAUGUACCACAGCGAGACUCUGAGCUCGGAGAACAAGCUGAAGGAAGCCGAGCGGCAGGGCGAAAGGCAGGGCCGGGGUGGAGAAGUGUUCAGCCUGCGCAACGAGGAGCGCCAUCAGCGCCGCAAUGCCACCCGCAAAAUCCAGAAGAUGAAGGAGAAGCGGCAGGCCAAGUACUCUGAGAAUAAGCUGAAGGUUAUGAAAGCUCGCAACGAAUAUCUGUUGACUCUGGAAGCUGCCAACGCUGCUCUGUUUAAGUACUACAUCCAGGACCUUUCCCACUUGAUUGACUGCUGUGACCUGGGCUACCACUCCAGCCUAAGCCGAGCAUUGCGCACCUACCUGUCAGCCGAGUACAGCCUGGAGACGUCUCGUCAUGAAGGUCUGGACAUCCUGGAGGGGGCAGUAGAAAGUCUGGACCCCCGCAGUGACCGCCAGCGCUUUAUGGAGACUCACCCCACUGCGUUCACACCACCGGCACGCUUUGCCUUCCAGCCUCAUAUGGGAGACCAGGUGAGUCAGAUCACGGCGAUGCCGCAGGUGCAGGCUGAACUUCUCCUCCGCUAUCAGCAGCUCCAGUCUCGUCUUUCCACACUGAAGAUUGAGAACGAGGAGGUGAAGAAAACAUCAGAGGCCACCCUGAGCACCAUCCAAGACAUGCUGAACAUGGAGGACUAUGAUGUGUCUGAGAGUUUCCAGCACAGCCGCUCCACUGAGUCAGUCAAGUCCAGUGUGUCCGACACCUACCUCAGCAAACCCAGCCUGGCCAAAAGACGAGCCAACCAGCAGGAGACCGAGCUCUUCUACUUCACUAAACUGAGGGAGUACCUAGAAGGCAGUAACCUCAUCUCCAAACUGCAGGCCAAACACGAUCUUCUGAAGAGGAGUAUAGCAGAGGGCUACAGAGCAGACAUAAUGACCACCAGCCGUCGUCGGAACUCCCACAGCAGGCACCAGGACUCUGCCAAGGCCAUUCCACUGAUUGUAGAGAGCUGCAUCCGCUACAUUAACCUCUACGGUUUGCAGCACCAAGGUAUUUUCAGAGUGUCCGGCUCUCAGGUGGAGGUCAACGACAUCAAAAAUUCAUUUGAGAGAGGAAACGACCCGCUGACGGACGAAGAGAACAACCACGAUAUCAAUUCUGUGGCCGGCGUGUUGAAGAUGUACUUUCGUAACCUGGACAACUCGCUGUUCCCCAAAGAGAAGUUUAAUGACCUCAUCGCUUGCGUCCGCACUGAGAAUCUGUACGAGCGAGCGCUGUCUAUCCGGAAGCUCUUGAUGACAUCACCACGGCCCACGCUUGUGAUCAUGAGAUAUCUUUUUGCAUUCCUCAAUCAUCUCUCGCAGUACAGUGACGAGAACAUGAUGGACUCGGGGAACCUGGCCAUCUGCUUCGGCCCGACGCUAAUGCCCACUCCAGAUCUGCUGGACCAGGUCUCCUGCCAAGCGCACGUCAACGAGAUCAUCAAGACCAUCAUCAUCCACCAUGAGGCUAUCUUUCCCGACACCAAAGAGUUGGAUGGGCCUGUCUACGAGAAGUGCAUGAGCAGUACAGAAUACUGUGAGAGUCCAUACAGUGAGCCAGGAGUGUUUGAAGAAGGAGAACAAGAUGGCAGCACUGAAACGCAGACUAGUGAGGAGGAGGGUGAGCCGGUGGAGGCCUUAGCAAAGUUUGACUAUAUAGGGCGCUCGGGUCGUGAGCUGACCUUCAAAAAAGGAGCAUCUCUGCUGCUCUUCCAGAGGGCUUCUGAGGACUGGUGGGAGGGACGGUGUAACGGCACUGACGGACUCAUACCACACCAGUACAUCACACUACAGGAUGAGGAGGCCAUGUCAGACACUCUGAGUCAGAAAGCAGACAGUGAACACAGCAGCACUCCUACAGAUGAAGUAAGCUCCAGGAGGUCCCUGACCUCCCCGACUGAACCCAGACUGCCAGAAACCUUCAUCAGCCGUCAUAGGAAGAGGACCGAGGCCCUCCUGCGCCGUGCCCCCGGUCAUUGCCAUGGUAAUGGUCUAGAGCGCAGCUCGCCGCCGGUGACGGUGACAGUGACUGGUCACUUCAGUCCACGCGAACUGCUGCGCGGACACAGCGGACACCAAGACAGUCCUGAAACAACACGUCGCCGUGCAGGACACAACAACAACAACUCGACUAACAACACCACCACCAACGGUUCUCUGAGCUCCAGCAUCAGCCGUCACGAGUCUCUGCGCAGGGACAGGGAAAGUCCACCAAUCCGCCAGUCCCCAUCUACUCUGCACUGCAGUGUCCCUGAACAGCGGACACGCACGCUUAACACACACACUAUGGCACAGGACAUUGAGGAGACGAUGAACCUGGCCCUUAAUGAGCUGCGUGAGCUGGAACGGCAGAGCGGCAAGCCAGACCUGGUGCUUGACACGCUAGACCAGAUGAAGAGCAGCCCUUCCCUUCCGUCAGGCUCCACCCCCUCCACCCUUUCCAGCCCGUCGGAUUCCCCGAGUCCGCUGAGUCCCCACAGUCCCCUGCCACCUUUACCAGGCCCAGCGGCCCGCCGCUGCCCCGAACCACUCCCCUCUCCCCGCAUGGGCGUGAUGCUCCGCCCCCCAGCCCUGCGCCCCAAACCCACCAUCCUGCCAAAAACCAAUGCUCAGCCCCCUCAACAGCCCCCGACUCCACCCCAGAACUUCCCCAAUGACAAAUCAGGCACCAUGUGAGCCUGAUAACAGGUCCAACCUGAGGAAAAACAGGGUCGGCAAUAAGCCUGAGGACUGAAUUACACUUACGGAGGGUGUGACAGGGUGUGUUAAUACUGAAUAGCUUCCACACAAGAGAAGAGUCAACUAGAAGUAGUCUACGCUAUUAUAAUCAUUUACCGUGUCGUCAGGGUGGUGUGUGUGUGUGUGUGUGUGUGUGUGUGUGUGUGCGCAUAUUCUCUAAAAAAGAAAAAAAACAUGACUAGGACUUAACCUGUGUCUGUGUGCGUAGAUAAUUUUAUAAGGAACACAUUCAGAGAUGGCAGAAAGAAAAAAGAGAAAAGAGAUAGAGAGAGAGAGUGAUUGCAGAUGUUUUAGGAGUCUGGCUUUGGAAGCGUCAUGUUUUUUUUUUUUGAGUCGGUGCAAUUCAUUAUCAGUGCUUUGAUUUGCCACGCCUUAUGAAGGGUAAUUCCUGCCAAAAAAGUGGGCCAUCCUUACAGUUUUAUGCUGCUUUCUUUGUUGAUUUUCCAAGUUCUUUUCUUUAAAUAGAAGAAAGUGACAAGGUGCAUCAUGGGAAAAGGGUUCUGUCACAUAUCAGGUGUUGAUAGUGAAUGUAGCACCUAGCCUUCAAAAACAAGGAGACCGGUGAUUUCAAGGAGACUGAAUGUAUUAAAGGAGCAGUAAGCGUAAUGUUCUGUUGAACUAUAUAUAAGUUUGAAUAAAUAUGAAUAUAUAACAGCAGUCUGUAUGUACAUGUUUUACGUCAGUGACCCUAUGAAUGUCGUCAUGUCAUGCCGUCAGAGGGACAGGAUUUUGACAAGACGGACAGAAACCCAAGAGUUGCUUAUUGCUCCUUUAACUGAAUGUUCCACGUUUUGUUUUGUUUGGGUUUUUUUCACUCUGACACCACAUGAAGCCUUGAUCACCACAAAAACCUUCCUGAUCACAGUGGAAACGCAACUUGAUUGGACGCCACGGGACGGGGCAGAGACCAGACGUCCCGAAGGCACUUGUCGUUUUAACGAGCUUUAAAAAGAUUCUGUAGUGGAGCUGCUUGUGACUGGAGAAGGAAAGGACGAGGAAGACGUCAAGAAGCCGGCAUGGUGGGACUGAGCGCGUCAGACCACGUCUUCUCUUUGUUUGCCGUGGAAACACUUCCAUUCUGGCACUGCUGCCAUUAAACACACACUACCACUCUUAGGGGGUAAAAACAAGGGUUCUUAAUUUCUUAAAGGGAGGGGGACACAUCUGUGUGAGAGGGGGAAUAUUAGGGGUUUCACACAUGGGACACUAUGAAGGGUUCUAAAGGGUUCUAGAUUUGACCUUUUUUCCUGAGUGCAGUGGUCGCCAUUCUGAUUUUCAGCCUGUACUUCCUGUAUGAGUGUGUGUGCUUUAAUGUUUAAUGUGUAACAGGCUCUCCUGUUAGUGUGUGUGUGUGUGUGUGAGAGAGUGAAAGACAGAGUGUUGAUUCAAAUGUAUAGAUAUGCUUAAAGAUGAGGAGUUGCAUCAGCAGAGGUCAUGUGACUACCAAACAGCCAUGUUUUCACUUUUUUAUGCACAAAUAAUAAUUCUAAUAAUUUUUUUCCUGAUUGUUACUUAAUGAUGUUUUUUUUUUUUCUUUUCUACCUGCAAUAUUUUAUACUUAUUUAUUGAUCCUUGUUGUGGUUUUUUUUCUUUAGUUUUUUUUUCUUUUUCAAAUACAAUUCGUUUCUACUGGUGCUCUCUCGCGUGACGGCGUGUGUGCGUACAGAUACACACGCAUAUUUCCCUUCACACCCCCACGCAUGCACGCCGUGUGUUCACGCGAAAGUGCCUUUCAGGACGUGUGUAUAGAGGAGGAGCCUGUUCUGCUGCCGAUGUGUCGUGUGCCUGUCUUUCUCUGAAGCGUCGUUCCAAGAAUGAAAUUUUACGAAUAGAGCUCUUUCCAAACAUGUAACCACUUUUGAAUGAAAUCAUAAGUAUGUACAUUUAACCCAUUGUGAUGUUGCACUUUCAUGUAUAGGACUGUAUUUGGCAUGUAGCACUAUAACAUGUUGCAGUGCAUUUUAACAAGGUGUCAGAAACUGAAUGUCUUUGAAAUAAAGUAAGUUCAUAUGCA